AUGGUAAGUUGCAACACGUUGCAAGUUCACAAGUUCACCGAGCCUGCACCAUCGGCCGCUAAACAGACCUACAACCCGCCACCUCCGAGUUACUCAUCUGACCCUGGCCUCGCCGAUGCUGCUUUCAACCACAGCUCGAAAGUAACGGAACAGAAACCUGGAUAUCAUGAUGAUCCGCAAAUCCCUCCAACCUACGGCACCCCUCAGUCCUACCUCGGCGCGCUAUUCUACAGGGGAAUUCAGAUUCCAGACCCCAACGCCCCUCCAGCCCCACUAGGAACGAUGAAGGUACCGGGGUACGAUCCCCAUCCUGAUUUCGAGUACAUGCAGGGUGCGAGGGAGAAGCUGAGGAAAGAGGGAGAUAGUAGGUUUAGGAUACACAACGAGAAUGAAGUGGUUGUACCUCUUACAAGGUUGACACUCCAACAACGCGACGCGUUGAAUGAUUAUUUUGUGGCGAAGACUGGAGCGGACCUCGAGACGCAUAUGGGGGAGAUUGUUCAGGACUUUCAUCUGAAAGAAAUGCUUAAAGCAUUAACAUUCGGGCCGCUGAUGUUUGACGUCUACCUGUUGAAGACAUGUCUUUCUCGAGAAAUGAGGGAUGAAAUGACGCUGGCGGAAAUCAUCCUCAACCGCGAUCAUGAUGAUCUCCGCUUGCUCAUGCAAGCCUUUAAGCAACGGCACGGUAAAAGCCUUGUCGAUGCCAUCAAGGACGCGGCGCUAUCUGGAAAGACGGAGCGAAUCUUUGUCAUGGCACUUAGCCUUCAGCGCGCACCAGACGACCUUCCAGUUGACCGUAAUCAGGUCAUGUCCGACGUCGAAACGCUUGCGAAGGCGGCUAAGGACAAGGACGAUAUACCGUUCAUUGAAGUUAUCGUUAACCGGAGUCGACCACACCUUGCUGCUGUGAUUGAGACUUUUGCUCAGACUCAGCUCAAGAGUUUGAGUAAAGCCGUCAAGAAAGUUUUUCCAUUCACAUCGCGCUACUCGAAAAAGGCGCUCCUCUUCAUCGUCAACGGUGUCAAGCCCUGGCGUGACGCCAAAAUGAUCGACAAGACGAUGACGUGGGUUGGGACGAACGAGUUUCGGUUGGUUUGGAGGGUUAUCGGGGUGCAUUGGGAUCCGAGGAGGCUGGGGGCUGUCAAGAGUGUCUACGAGAUGAGGUAUGGAAAAACCCUUGAACAGCGUGUUUCUACAAUAAAGGUGUCGGGGCGGUUUGUCGAGUCGUUGCUUGCGUUUCUCAAGACUUCACAAGCGGCGUCCCAGCACGUGGAGGGGAAGGGAAAGGGUAAAGCUAUGUAA